AUGGGCAAUACAUGCCGUGGAUCUUUCAGGAGCAAACAUUUUCGGAGCUACAAUCAGCCCGAAGACCAUUCCAAUUCCAAGCGCAACGAUCACUCAAAUUGUUCUGAUAAUUUCUCGCCUACAAGCUUGACCUCUCAGCUCCCCAUUGCUCAAGAAUUUCCAAAAGACCACCAGCGAAAACAGAAAACUGACCCCAUUAGUCCUAAGAAAGAUACCAUUAUGAAUCGCGGCACUACAAAUCAACCUUACUUUGUAUUGGGUCACAGGACUGCCAAUAUCCGUGAUCUUUACACGCUUGGCCGUAAACUAGGGCAAGGCCAAUUCGGCACUACUUAUUUGUGCACUGAAAUUUCCACCGGAAUUGAAUACGCGUGUAAAUCUAUACUGAAGAGGAAGUUGAUUUCCAAGGAAGACGUAGAGGAUGUUAGGAGGGAGAUUCAGAUAAUGCACCAUUUGGCUGGUCAUAAGCAUAUCGUCACCAUUAAAGGUGCAUAUGAGGACCCUUUAUAUGUUCACAUUGUAAUGGAGCUUUGUGCUGGGGGUGAAUUGUUUGACCGCAUUAUUCAAAGGGGGCAUUACAGUGAGAGAAAAGCAGCUGAAUUGACCAAGAUUGUUGUUGGGGUUGUUGUGGCCUGUCAUUCUCUUGGGGUUAUGCAUAGAGAUCUUAAACCUGAGAAUUUCUUGUUGGUUAACAAGGAUAACGAUUUCUCUCUCAAAGCCAUUGAUUUUGGACUCUCAGUUUUCUUUAAGCCAGGUCAGAUGUUCACGGAUGUGGUUGGAAGCCCAUAUUAUGUCGCACCUGAAGUGCUUCUGAAGCAUUAUGGCCCAGAAGCAGAUGUGUGGACUGCAGGGGUCAUUCUUUAUAUAUUGCUAAGUGGUGUGCCACCUUUUUGGGCUGAAACACAACAGGGAAUAUUUGAUGCUGUUUUGAAGGGACACAUUGAUUUUGAUUCAGACCCGUGGCCAUUAAUAUCAGAUAGUGCAAAGGAUCUUAUUAGGAAGAUGUUAUGCAUGCGACCUUCAGAGCGGUUGACUGCUCAUGAAGUAUUAUGUCAUCCUUGGAUUUCUGAAAAUGGUGUUGCACCUGACAAAGCACUGGAUCCAGCUGUACUUUCUCGUCUAAAACAGUUUUCAGCUAUGAAUAAGUUGAAGAAGAUGGCUUUGCGGGUAAUAGCUGAAAGCUUGUCAGAAGAGGAGAUUGCAGGCUUAAAAGAGAUGUUUAAGGCCAUGGAUACUGAUAAUAGUGGAGCAAUCACAUUCGAUGAACUCAAAGUUGGUUUAAGAAAAUAUGGAUCCACAUUAAAGGAUACAGAGAUUCGUGAUCUCAUGGAUGCGGCUGAUGUAGACAAUAGUGGAACCAUUGACUAUGGAGAAUUUGUUGCAGCAACAAUUCACCUGAACAAACUAGAACGCGAGGAACAUCUUGUGGCAGCAUUCCAAUAUUUCGACAAGGACGGAAGUGGUUAUAUUACCAUUGAUGAACUCCAGCAAGCUUGUGUAGAACAUGGCAUGACGGAUGUCCUCCUUGAAGAUGUUAUCAGAGAAGUUGAUCAAGAUAAUGAUGGAAGAAUUGAUUAUGGAGAAUUUGUAGCUAUGAUGCAAAAAGGCAAUGCUGGUAUUGGAAGACGAACUAUGAGAAACAGCCUUUGUAAACUGACACAUCGCUUACAGUUUCAUUUGGGACUCCUACACUGA